AUGUCCCGUUGGUAUCGCUGGCACGAAGAACCUCCUCCAUCAACCGAAAAAAAUAGCGAAAUUCCAGUGGACAAUAACCCGAGGGAUGGUGUCUUUAGCAGGGUUGAAAAAAAAACUCCAGGAAUACUUUACAUUCCCAGAUGGGACAGAAGAAGAGCAUAUUGUAAUAAGUCGUGUGUUGGAUAUCUUUCCACCUAUGAAAAGAAAAUUUUCAACUCCACGUAUGGAGAAAACAAAACCUGGGACCAAAUAAAAUCAGGCUCGCAAGUUGAAUCAGUAGAACGUAAGUCAAUUCAUUUAUCUACUGACGAAGAUUUAAUGAACAUAGUUUGGACUGCUAGCCACAAGAUUGAUUUAGCGAUCAUUGUGGAUACAUCACAGCAACCGUUCUCAUCCUAUACUUUCCCAAAGAUGAAAGUCCUUUUCGGUUUGAAAGCUGAUAGCUAUGUAGAGUUACCACGUUUUACAGGAGGGAUUUCAGAAAUAAAUAAGGCGCUUAGAGAUGAUGUGAUUAAAGAUAUUUUAGAAAUACAUAUGGCAUCACCAUCUAUU